ACGAAUGUAACCUCCUGAUGGGGAAGGGGAUUCCUGCAUGUGUCUACUAAUAUCCUUGCCUUACGACAGGUAUCAGCCAGUUGAGAACCGAAUAAUCCUAAACUUUCAUAAAAGAAAGAAUGGGUUUAAUGUUUCACAAGGUUGUGAAAGAGAAAAUAAGGAAUAAAAGCAAAUGACAAAAUUCAGUUUGAGGAUAAGAUAUUGCACCGAGUUCUACAAUUUAAAACCUUGCAUCACUAUGUAAUAUAUGCCAUAUCAAUUUAGCUACAAACCCGGUGUCACAGCCGAGUAUUUCAUUUCAACCUGAUUACAGGCUUGUAACACAUUAGACUCUGGGGAGAGAAAGAUCUGGUCAAAAUACAAAGGAGAUAGCUUGUGUCUCCCCAGGUUAUUUUAUCUGCAAUUCAUCGGUAUAUUUAGCUGUAACGUUAUUCAACUCAGCAACACUAUCUUGAAAAAAGCUGCACUCGUGAUGUAGGAUGAGAGAUGACAGUCCAUGGGAAAGGUUUGGAUAGUCCAGUGUAAUGACAAAGUGCCCCCACUGAGUUGUAGCCAAGCUGUUGGAAGCUGCUCCCUUUCACUAGACAGAACGCCAGACCCAAGAAACGAAUCAACAAUUCUAAGAGUGAAAACAGCAUAUCAUACAAAUUAUGUUAAGGAUGGAGGCUGUGAGAAGUAAAAUUGUUAUGGAGGGAAGGAAGGUCUCCUGGACAAGUCCCCCAUUGUUGCUCUUUGCAAUGCUUACUAUUGUUAACACUUUGUCGGCGUGUCCCAUACACUGCUCUUGUAAAACUUAUGAAGUGGAUUGCAGCAAUCUUGGCUUGGUGACCAUCCCAACAGACAUUCCAUCAAACAUCAAAUUUCUCUCACUCAGUAACAAUAAACUCAGAACCUUCCAGGCUCUCACAUUCACUAAUUUUACCACAUUGGAGAAGCUGGACCUGUCCAACAACUACCUGGACCAACUACCAUCGGAUGCAUUUGAUUACAUCAGGAAUCUGAUUGACCUCAAUUUGCGAAACAACAGCAUUCGAAGCCUGGAUAAAAAUAUCUUCUAUAAAACCACCAACCUGCAGAGGUUAGACCUUUCUGUCAAUGGUCUCUCUCAGAUUCCACUACUUUUAUUUGAUGAAAUGCAGAACUUGACCUGGUUGAAUUUGGAAGAGAAUAGGAUGCCAAAUCUUGAAAGAGAGGUCUUUGAGCCACUUGCAGUUCUUCAGCAAUUACAGCUUGGUGGGAACCCCUGGGAGUGCGACUGCAGUCUGAGGGAUUUCAAACACUGGAUGGAGUGGUUCCAGUACAAAGGUGGGAAGCUUGAUGGAAUUGAAUGUUCCCUGCCAAAGGGCCUCCGAGGGAAAGAUCUCAGAGUAAUUCCAAUAGAGAUGUUCAACUAUUGUAUCCAAUUAGAGGACGAAAACAAAUCUUCAGUAAAUAAAAAAACAGUCACUGCCCCUCCCUGUGUGAGGCAAGAACUCAUCACCUCAAGGCCGCAGUACACUCAUACCUCGGAUUGUGCAAGACAACGUUACCGUCCAGCCAGUGUCAGGCGAGCCAUUGGGACAGUCAUCAUUGCUGGAGUCUUAUGUGGAAUUGUUUGUAUCAUGAUGGUGGUAGCUGGAGCAUAUGGCUGCAUAUAUGCCUCCUUGAUGGCAAAAUACCACCGUGAGCUUAAAAAGCGCCAGCCACUGAUGGGAGAUGGUGAACAAGAGCAGGAGGAACAAAAGCAAGCUUCUUCCAUGGCAUGAAGUACAAGGAUAGCUAUGCUUUGGAUGGGAAAAAAAGCUACCAUCUUCAGUUUUCUCCGGUUUAGGCCUUUGUGUGCUUAUUGCAGUGCUAAUACAAGUGUUGAUGUUAAAUUCUCACUGAAGUACAGGGAAAAAAAUCAAUGUCAUCUAAUCAAAUGCUUAAGUCCUGCUGUGUUUUGUUUCUGGAACUUCAGGGAAUAUGGAAGUCACUGAUACAUGGACUUCUGCAGAAAGAAAGAGGAUGAUCUUCAGAACUUUAUUGCAUGCCUUUUAUUUGAGAGAUAUUUAGAUAUCAAGGCAGAAUUGUUAUUUCAAUCCUUGAAUGAGAACAACCCUUUUUAAUUGGGAGAUCAAGAAUUGAGCCUUUAGCUUCCUUUUAGGCAUUUUUAUAUCUUGUUUGUUUCAUUGUCUGGAUAGUUUUAACAUACAAUCUAAAAAAAUGUUGUCUGAAAAGAAGACACCUAAUGGAUACAAUUAGGAUUAAGGUAGUUGUACCAAUGCAUGUAGCAACAAGGUUGAUUACUUUGCAAGGCUGUUAACCAAAAAUAUUAAAACCAAAAUUGGAAACUUAUUCUUUGUAGGGUGAAUUU